AAAAUCGGAAGGGGGAAGGGGCGGGAGGAGAUCUCGUGGCCUCCACACGAUUCGUCCUCCGGAUUUGGGAUUUCGGCGCUCCGACGAUUAUUCUUUCGAGAUUUUUUCUCUGGUAGGAGCUUUUGCUUCGGCAGGCUAAGUUACUCUAGGCACCAAAAUGGAAUCUGUCUCCAGAAGAAUCAUUAAUGAAUCCUUGUGUCCUGAAGAUUCCUUUGCUCAUGAGGGCAUUCAAAGAUGUCCAUUUUUGAGAAACAUCAAUGAGCCUACUAACUUUUCCUUCUCGUCUGUCAGUUUUCCUGCACCAGUACGAGGAGCGAAGGGUCCGAUAUUUGAGGAUGGACCCAAUUUUGAAAUGGCAUUCAGGCUUUUCCAUGGACGAGAUGGAGUUGUCCCGCUCUCAGGAGGAGCAUUCAUGCAUCGUGAGAAACCAGAACCUGAACUGGAGCCCAAGUUUAACCCCUUAGCAGCAAAAGCAGCCACCAUUAGUCUUUCUGCUUUUGGACCUGGAGGACCCUUUGGCUUUGAUUUUUUCUCAAAAAAGUGGGAAAGGCAAAAUAAGAAAUCCUCCAAGCAAGAACCAUCUACUCAGAGAGGAGGAAAUUCUUCGCAUGAAUCGCUGAGCAAUGAGUGGCUGGAAACCGGGCAGUGCCCCAUAGCAAAGUCAUACAGAGCAGUCGGUAGGGUCCUGCCCCUUGUUGCAAAAGCUCUAAAGCCUCCACCAGCUAUGAAACUAAGGUGUCCACCUGCUGUUGUGGCUGCUCGGGCAGCCCUGGCUCGAACAGCCCUUGUGAAGAACCUUCGCCCCCAGCCCCUGCCGGCUAAGAUGCUCGCAAUUGCCAUGCUGGGCAUUGCAGCCAAUCUCCCCCUUGGAAUUUGGAGGGAACACACCAAGAAGUUUUCCCCCCAGUGGUUUGCAGCAGUCCAUGCAGCUGUGCCAUUUAUUGCCAUCCUCAGAAAGUCUGUGCUGAUGCCGAAGACUGCGAUGGCGUUCACCAUAGCAGCCUCGAUCUUAGGUCAGACUAUUGGAUCCAGAGCUGAACGACUCCGGCUGAAGAAGGUGGCAGCAGCAGCAGCAACCGAUGGAGGCUCCGGUAGUCUCGCUCGCAAGGCUAUCAUGUAUCCCAAAAAGAGCGGGCACUGUGGCGACGAAAAGGUUUGGGAACCACUUGCGCUCAAAGUAGAGAGGGGAGGCUCUUCGACAACUGAGACAACAACAGAUAUAUGUUACUGAUAAUGAUGAACUCAGGCAUGUUAUUUGUGUGCUGUUAAUGAUUCAUUACACCAUUUUGAAAGACUGAUUAGUGUUUUACUUGCUUACUUGUUUCUGUAUGAGUUGGCAUCUUUCAAAACCCUAUUCUACUUUUUGGGGAAGGUGUGAACAAAUAAAAAGCAUUGAAGAUUGUUUUGUCAUAAUUCAGCGACAAAA